AUGGGCUUCAAGAAAAUACCUGAUAGGGGAUUAGAUGAGGAGUUUUCCAAUGUUUGGGAGGCCUCCUGGUCUAGUGGGGCCAAGAAACAAAAGAGAGGGCGGCCAAGGAUCCACAAACUUCCUGCAGAAUCAUCAUCAACAAACCUCCCUCAAACACCGACUUACUCUUUCCAAAACCAUGAACACAACAUUCUGGAAGAAGAAAUACCUCAUUAUCCAAGAGAUCUAACUGAUCAGCAGGUACUUGAUAACCUGAGACAGCUAGAUGACAACAGAACGGGAGAAAAGAAUGAUCAGGAUGACUUUACCUAUCCAGUCUCAAAAUGA